AAAUUCCUGAGUUCUCUAAUUCACACUUGAUACUACUGGCAGAACUAGGGACCCUAGCACACCCCAACAAAGAUCCCGGUUGCACCGACAAAUGUGUGCAAACUUUUGACUGGUGAUGUACGCGAAUCUAUUAAUAAUCUCAAUUAGGCAUGAAAUAGUACAUUAAAUUGCAGAAGUCACAGAGUCUCGCGAAAUGCGUAGUGGUGAAAUAGUUAAAGUAACAUUUUCUAAUACGGUGCCCACGCAUUGUUUCGUCGCGAGCGCUCUGCAAGCACGCGCCACACUGACUUCUAAUAAUACAGCGUAUCGAGAGUACCAAAGAGAGACUCCCGCUACAACUUCCUGUAUUUCGGUGUCAGUUACAAAUCGUAUGAAAUAUACGAUACAGCGAGGCUCCCACGAAUAUCUAAAUAUCUUUAGUUAAUUGUAAUUUUAUUUUAUUCGACAAUCCAACGGAAGAGAAGCUCCAGUUAGAUAUGAUCAUGGAGGAGAAACGGAAAAAUAGUGCGACUCCCACGCUAAAGUACAAAGUUGCUUGUUCAGAGAAAUUCGGCAGAUACUUGCAGGCAGCAAAAAAUUUACAAGCAGGCGAAGUAAUACUUCGGGAAAAACCGAUCGCGGUUGGACCAAUAACAUCCAGCAAUGAUUACCUGUGUUUCGCGUGUUUACGUUUAUUGCCUAAGCUCAAGAAAGGCACGCAAUAUGUUUGUUCCAAAUGCAAUAUUGCACCUUUAUGUGGCACUGCUUGCCAGGAACAACCGAAACAUCACACAUCCUACGAAUGUGAAAUAUUUAAAACUAAUGAGAAUCUAUCGGCGGAUAACAUAGAGACCCUCAUUGGUAUAUUGUUACCUCUGAGAUUGUGGCUAGUGAAACAAACAGAUCCAGAAUUAUCGAAACGAAUCGAAUCAAUGGAAGCACAUAUGGAAGAAAGAAGGAACACAUCCGUAUGGAGAGAUAGAGAAACGAAUGUCAUAAAUGUAAUGAAAGCGUUGCACUUGAUUCCUGAAGAUGAUACAUCUAUCCCGGAAUAUCUGCAACAGCUGUGCGGAAUUCUGGAUGUGAAUACUUUUGAGCUGAGAUCUCCGGGAGGUCUAGAUGGGCUUCUUUUACGAGGUUUAUACGUGGAAGCCUCCUUCAUGGCUCACGAUUGCAGAGGGAAUACUCAUCUCACAGUAGAUGAUCAUUUUCAACUGACUGUAUACGCUAGUAUACCGAUUAAAGAAGGCGAAGCAAUUCUUUUUAAUUAUACAUCGUCUCUUUUGGGAACAUUAGGUAGAAGAGAACACCUGCGAGGAGGAAAGUAUUUCGAAUGUGAAUGUUCAUUAUGUAGCGAUCCUUAUGAAAUGGGAUCGUAUAUGAGUAGCAUUUUGUGUCCACGAUGUAGAAAAGGUUACAUGGGAAUUCGAACUCCUUUGACAAUAUACGCGUACGAAAAAAGUACAAAAUGGCAAUGUGAUAAAUGCAGAAGUUGCAUCAGUGGUCGUCUUAUAAGAGCUACCGUGAACAUUACGAAAACAUUGAUUGAUGAUAUGGAUGAUUACGAUAUCAAAGGGAUGGAAACUUUAACGAAAAAAUUAUUGGGAUCCUUUCAUCCAAAUCAUUACUUGAUGCUGUCCUUGAAGCAGAAAUUAUUAGCCGCUUAUAGGAAAGAAGUGACUACGCCAAAUCCUCCGAAAAAAAUUAUGCAACGAAUGUUGGAUGCGUGUAGAGAAAUGUACAACGUAUUGGAAAUAGUCGAACCAGGGAUAUCUCGAUUGAAAGGAAUAAUGUUGUAUGAAAUGCACUUACCAUUAGUGUUGCUGGCAAAUCGUGCGUAUUCUGCUCGAGAAAUUUCUUCAACGGAACUGGCUUCGCGCCUUGAAGAAGCCGGUAGUCUUCUGAAGAAAUCCUUGACGAUGCUUCUUCUAGAACCAAUGGACACGCCUGAAGGGAAACUGGCUAAACGAGCUCUGCAAGAAUUAAAAAUGUUAAAUCAAAAUAUAGCCGAUGUUAAAACUAUUAUAACAGUUGAUGCGAAACAUGGCCAUGAUAAGAAGAAACCGCAGAGAAGUAAAUCCGCUAAGAAUAAGUAAACACGAUAAGCUUAAAUUAAAUAAACUGCGUU